AUGUCCGGAGUCUCCUCCUUGAUUCUCUCGCAGGCGCUCACAAAAGCCUUUACGUUUGCGUCCAACCAGCUUCUUGUGCACAACAUCUCGCCCGAGAUCUUUGGCGUGGCCGCGUACUUGGACUUUUUCAAUGGCACGGUGCUCUUUUUCAGCCGGGAGGCUGAGCGCAUGGCGGUCCAGCGGGCGCAGGACCCGUCGAAGCCAAGGUUACGCCAGAAGAUCGUCAACUUUGCCUACUUGCCGUUGUUCUUGGGUGUUCCCAUUGCAACUGGCCUAUACAUGCUCCAGCGCCAUUCGGACUUGUAUGUUUCGGCGAUCCUGCCGUUGCCGUAUCACGCCGCCACGGCGGCGCUAGUGGCGCUUCUGCUCUUUCUCGAGUUGCUCAGCGAGCCAGCGUAUGCGCUCAACCAGUACAGCUUGAACUUCCGCCUGCGGUCGAAAAUCGAAAGCGCAGCGGUGUUUGCCAAGUGUCUAGUGACGCUUGUGGGUGUGGUGGCGAGCAAGAAAGCUGAAUACUUUGACGCCUUGGCGGUCUUGGCCUUUGCCUCGGGCCAGUUGGCUUACUCGCUUACGAAUUUCGUGGCAUACUCUCGGCUUGGGGGCGUCCAGGCGCCGAGGAGAAUCGAACAAACAACAGCACAAAAAUCAACAUCAACAGUUUCCUCGUUUCUCGACCCCGCCAUCUGCCAGGUGUGGAAAUCGCUCUUUGUCCAAAUGAUCUUCAAACAUCUCCUCACCGAGGGAGACACUUUGCUCACCAGCUAUCUUUUCAGCGUGGCCGACCAAGGCAUCUACUCGGUGAUCAGCAACUACGGCUCGAUUUUGGCGCGUCUUCUCUUCCAGCCCAUCGAGGAGUUUUUGCGGGUCUCUUUCACCAGAGCUUUUGCCAGCGAAACGAAAAACGUGGCUGCGUCGCUCACUCUCAUGGAAAACUUGCUAGUGUUCUACUUUGACCUCUCUCUCCUCAUUGUUUUGGGCGGCUAUACCAACGGCGCUUUCAUGCUUCGGCUUCUUUUGGGCCGCAGCGAAAAGUGGAGCGCAUCUUCGGUGUUUGACGUUUUCCCCCAAUACGUCUUGUACUUGCCAUUCAUGGCGUUCAACGGGAUUCUCGAGGCCUUUUUCAGCAGUGCGUCGACUCAAACGGAAAUCUCUCGCUUUUCCUAUUUCAUGUCGUUCCUGAGUAUUUCUGUGUUGGCCCUUCUGUACGUAUUGGCCAAACACUUCCACUUUGGCCUCGACGGCUUGAUUUUUGCCAAUAUGGUCAACAUGACUCUUCGUGCGGGCUACUGUUUGAACUACUUCUUUCAUUUUUCAGCCAAACACGGUAUUUCUGUGUCAAGACAGGGUUUCCGCUCGAGACUAGGCCUCCCAGCCAUAACUGUUGCUACAGCUUUUGUCAUACAGAGCCAAUUCUUCCGCCAAUCUUCCAGCUGGAGACAGUUUAUAGCAAGUCUUCUUUUCUGUCUUGUUUGUCUAGGCGUGAUGCUUAUCCACGAAAGGAAGAAUUUGCUUCCACAAGUGAAAAGGGUUCUUGGGAGAAAGCGUGAUUGA